CUCAAGUGAAACGAAGUGAGAAAGAAAAGUAAUUUUCCUUCUUCUUUCAUUUCUUCUUCCAAUUUUCCUUUCCCUUUCUCUUCCUUCCAAAUUUUCAAAACAAAACAACUGAUAACAACAAUAUUAUUACAAAUCUGACGAAACCUUUUGUCAUAAAUCUCACACAAUUAUUCACAAAUCUCACUAACGCAGCGUAAAUUUUUUCACAAAUCUGACAAAGUGAAGGAUAUAUCCUAAAUUACUUUCGUCACAAAUCUGAGGAAAAAUCAAUGGAGAAUUUGUUAUGAAUCUUAUGAGAAGGAAAAUGAAAUAUUAUCGCAAAAUCUGAUCAUAAAGGCAAAUACUUCGUCACAAAUCUGACGAAGGCAAAGGAAAAAAAAAUACCCAUUUUACGUGGAUCAUGGAUGAACUAGAAUUUCGACGUCUUCUUGAACGUUUUCCAAUCGUUCGAUUUCGAGAUUAUCAUAUUGAUUUAGACACAUCAAAAAGAUCUCAGUUGAUAGAGAAAGAGGAGGAAAGGCAAUGGAAAGAGGCAUGGAGUAAGGGACAUAAACCAGAGACUGGAAUUCAAGCAAUGCAUCGUGGUGGUCCAUUUUGGGGCAAAGUCAGAGAAGCUGCUGAGAAAAAGAUCUUGAAGGAAAAUUUACUUGCAGCUUUAAGCGUUCAAUCAGCAGUCCAAUUUGAUCCUAGUGAGGAAGUGAUGAUGGCUGCUCGACACAUUGCUGAUCAGAGGCAGGCUUCAAGUGGUGCAGGUCCAUCUCAUAUACCCCGCUCUUCGACCUAUGCAUCAUCAUCAAUACCAAACCGAAUGACAAGUGUUGAGGAGGAUUUAGCACACAUACGCCAUUUUCAAGCCUAUCAGGUGAAGCACAAUCAAGCAAUUGCUGAAAUGCUGCGAGCUAUGGCACUUCACCAUGGAAUGAACAUGGACAAGUUUCCUACUUGUCCGUCAUAUAUGUCCCCAAGGGAUAAGGCAGUGCUCGAUGAUGAGGAUGAGGAUGAGGAUGAGGAUGAGGAUGAGGAUGAGGAUGAGGAUGAGGAAGAUGAGGAGUGACACAUCCUACUCAGGAAUGCUUCUUUUUCCAAUACACAUCCCUGCCUUGAAAGAAAAACAAUUAGUGUGGAAGAUCAUUUUUGUUAAUUUUGAUUGAUAAAUAGCCUAGAAGAUCUCUUAAGUGUUGCAUCUCAUGGCAAAAUUUUCAGUAUCAGUCACAAUUCUAUAGUUGUUGUGGUGGCAAGAGAAAAGGAAUACAACAGUAGUUCUUCCCCACCCUUUUCCCCUUAAUUCACUUCUGUAUACACCUUUCGGGGGGUGGGGUGGGGGGUGGGGUACUAUGUUUGGUAGGGGAAUGAGGUGCCAAAAUUCAUGAACAGCACCCUCCAAACUUGUAAAGUAAUGUAACAAUUUUGAUGAGGAAAAUUGCUUUUUUUCUCUUCUCUUUUUAACAAA